GAGCCCCUUCGGCGAGCAGAGCGAGUAUCAGUAUAUAAAUAUAUGGAGCGAAAAAAGUACUCACUGGACAAGAGUACUCAAGUAUAUCCAAAAGAUUUAGUGAGCGAUAGAAGAGAAGUUUGCUGUGCAAAUACCACUUGUAGUAUGCAUAUUCCACUCAACAGUAUAAUGCCUUCUGAUGUGCAUAUAUCUGAUAUUCAAAUCAAUGCUUCGUUGCUUUUACCUCUGGAAAAAACUAUAAGUGAGAAAAGGGAAGUAUUCGAUCAUGAAUUUAGUGUUAAUCCUAAUGAAGAUGAUGGUGUAGAAACGAGAGAGUUUGUUCAUAUGAAAGAGGAUGUUUUCGAGAGCAGACUAUCAAUGUCUGAAGAUGGCAUACAAUGUCACACAGUUGGAAUUGAUGUUUUGAGUAAUACAAAAUCUUUAAAUAACGUUAAAAUUGAAAUGGAUGAGAAUAAUGAACGAAAUAUAGAUUCUGACAAAGACAUUGAUCAAUUGAAAAUCUAUCCACCUCUCAAAAUUGAACCAUGUGAUCAAGUGGUAGAAAAUACCGAUGCUGAAUUUGACAUGAAAAAAAAUUUCAAAGCAACAUCAGAAGAAAAUAUAUUUGCCAUAUCAUCCCAUCAUACAGAUGAAAGUUUAUUCAAAAACCAUGUUGUAGAAAAAAAUCAGAUGAAAGGAAUUACAAAUAUUAUAUUGUCAAAGAUAGAGGAAGAAACAAUGACCAUAAUAACUCAAGAUGAGGUUGAGUUUGGAGAAUCUGUUUUUCUAGUAGAAAAUGAAAGUCUGAAUCCAGGUAAUUCGUCUACUAUAAAAGAGGAUGAUUUAUUCAUAAUCGCUAACAUAGGAAAUGAUAUGGAAGAAAAGGUGGAGAGAGAUUUAACAUUAGUUCCGGAAAAAAACGCAACAUCUAAAAUCAAUGAAAUUGAUGAAAAACCACAAAACUGGAAGUACGACGGUAUCGUUCAGUACUGGGAUUCCAGAUCGAUGGCGAUGACAUCGGAUAAAGUGAUGAGUAACAUUUUCGAUUACGAUCUGAGUGAAAGUGUUGAAUCUCUUUCAUCUGUACCUCCUGGAACGUCUUUCUGGAGUCAUCGCAUAAGUGACUUCUCCAACAAAUUCAAUGAUGUUAUUCCAGCCAAGAAAAAGGUAUCUGUUAAUGAUGAAAAUGACUCUAGCAGCUUCAGAAAAGGAUCUGAAAUGUCUGACGCCCUAUCUGUGGAUACCAUGAGCUUUCCAGGAAAUUUUACACCACCUCCAUUGAUAACAAGAAAUAAAAUAAUAGCGAUUUUAAUGGAUAAAAAACAAUUCGUUCAUCAUUGGUUAGAGAUUUUCGGAAACCAACUUAAAGAAGAGUCUCUGUUUGUUUCAUCACUGUUUUUUUUUCUGGUGUAUUACAUUUGUUACUUUGUUUCUUAUUGUGCAAUAGACUUUAAAUGUACUUGUGAUUAAUAAAAAGUUUUUCCUCUUCA